ACGAUCAACAAUCGGUGCUGUUGGCGACAGCCCGAGUUACAGUGAAAUCACCACGAGGAUUCUCCAGCAGAGCCAGAGUCCUCAUCGAUCAGGNAUCAACAACGUUGGAAUUAAUCGGAAUUGGAGGAGUUAAUUCCGGCAGCACGAGAGGAUUGGUAUCAGUUACACUUCAGGCAAUCAACGGAAAACAACAGGUUCAGAUCAGCGCCCACAUAUUGAAGAGACUCACCGCAAUUCUACCAUCGUUCUCAUGUGCCUCAGCGAACAUCGGUUCAUUAGAAAAUCUCCAGCUAGCAGAUCAGCAGUAUCUCAAGCCCGGACCAAUCGAUAUCAUCAUAGGGGCUGACAACUACGGGCGAAUCAUCAGAGAUGAAGUUGUCAAGUCCAAGCAGUCAAAAGUCGUCGGCCAACGCACAGUCUCUGGUUGGAUUCUAUCAGGUCCAAUCAACUGCACCGGUUGUUCGGUUGACCUCCUCAAACGAACAACUUCUAGAACUUCUCCAGAAAUUUUGGGUCCAGGAAGAGUUACCAGUUCAGCAGUCAGAAAAUUCAGAGUUAUCACCAGACGAGCUGGAGUAGCACCAGAGACAGCAGAACCCAUUCCAGUUUAUUAUCUUCCACACCACGGGGUUCUGAGAGCAGAUGCAAUCACCACAAGGUUGAGAGUCGUCUUCAACGGCUCCAGCCCCACUUCAUCAGGAACGUCACUCAACGACAUUCUACAUCCAGGUGGAAAACUUCAGACCAACGCCAUGGACGUUCUAACAUGGAUGAGAAAGCACAGGCUCGUGUUUGGCACUGACAUAGUCAAGAUGUUCAGGCAAAUACGAGUUCAUCAGGACGAUUGGGACCUGCAGAGAAUUUUAGUUCUCCAGCAGUUAGCAGAGGACGAGGGUCCACGAUUUCCAGCAGCCGUCGAGACAAUCACCAGAGGUCGUUACGUAGACGACAUCUACGGCGGACCAGACUCACCAGCAGAACUCAAGGAGAUAAAAUGGAGCAGUAAUUGCCCUCAGCUCUUGCAUGAGCUCGGCCUAUCAACAGAGGAAGAAGUCAUUCAGUUUGAAGAGUCCGUCACCAAGGUACUGGGUCUGUGUUGGCAUCAGUCGUCCGACACAUUCCAGUACAAAUCCAGAGACUUCAACACAGAGACGAUCACCAAGAGAAUUGUCUCUUCAGAGAUAGCCCAGAUCUUCGAUCCUUUGGGAUUUAUCGCUCCAGUCGUCGUCCAGGGGAAAAUUCUCCUUCAGGAUCUCUGGAAACUCAAAUGCAAUGCCUCAACAGUAGCUAUGAGUGCUGUGGUCUACAUUCGCACUCAGAAUCUCAACGAGCCAGCCUCCACAGUUUUGGUCUGCGCUAAGACCAAGGUAGCACCGAUCAAGCGCAUGACUGUUCCACGUCUGGAACUUACUGCAGCUCUCCUGUUAACUCAACUCGUAACAUCAACGCAGCAGAUGCUCCAGCUAGACCAGGUAGAAACUCACCUUUGGUCAGACUCAGCAGUAGCUCUCGCGUGGAUCAGGCGUCCGGUCUCGAGAUGGAAAGACUUCGUCCACAACAGAGUGGUAAAAAUCCAGGAAACUCUCCCGAAUGCUACUUGGAGACACGUCAGUGGGAAGGAGAAUCCAGCCGACUGCGCCUCCAGGGGCAUAACACCAAGUCAGCUAGCAGAUCAUCACCUCUGGUGGACAGGACCUGAUUGGAUAAAUCAGGACCCUGAAGACUGGCCACGAUCAACUAUCGAUGCUCCACCAAUGGACAUCCCAGAAGUGGCCAAAGAAGCGAAACCAGCAAAAUCUCACCCAGUCGUACAGAGAAUCAACGAGAUUGCCGAGCUCCUCAACAGAUACAGCACGAUGGCAAAGCUGUUAGCAGUAACAGCGACCAUCAACAGGGCCAUCGACAGAUUCAGGAGGCAGCCAAUGCCCCCGGGAUCUAUCUUGACGACCAGAGAACUCAACGAUGCGAGAUUAUUUUGGGUAAAAAUAACACAACACCAGUACUUUGUUUCAGAACUCAGGGUACUUCUCAGAAAUCAGCAGCUACCUAGAAAUCACCAGUUAGCGAAAUUCACCCCAACUCUGGACGAGGAGGGCAUCAUGAGACUUGGGGGACGCCUCAAGAACUCAGAACUCCAUCCAGAACAGAUCCACCCAAUAAUCUUGCCACGUCAGUCCAGAUUCACCACACUCGUCAUCGCAGAAGCUCACCAGAAGACCCUCCACGGAGGGACACAGCUCACCUUGGCCUACACUCGGCAACGCUAUUGGAUACUCGGUGGCAGGGGCACAGUUAGAGCCUACAUCCUACGCUGUGCUAUCUGCGCCAGACACCGAGCUAGACAGGCUCAGCAACAGAUGGGUCAAUUGCCCGCAACCAGAGUCUCACCAGCAAGAGCAUUUCUCCACACGGGGGUGGACUAUGCAGGUCCUUUCGCCAUCCUCAAGUGGAGACCCACGAAUGCUCAACCGGGAUCAGUGCACAUCGCAGUGUUCGUGUGCUUCACCACGUCAGCAGUUCACCUAGAGCUCGUCAACAGGCAAACCACAGAAGCCUUCCUCGGAGCUUACAAGAGAUUCACCGGAAGACGAGGUAUUCCAGCAGUCAUGUACAGUGACAACGCCACCACCUUCGUCGGAGCAGCAGAUCAACUCGAAAGGCUCUAUCACCAAGCAUCUAAAGAAAAUCAACGUGUUCAGGCUGCUCUCGCCACCAAUGGGACUCAGUGGAGCUUCUCACCACCUAGAGCACCCCAUUUUGGUGGCAAAUGGGAAGCAGCAGUAAAAUCAACGAAGCAUCACCUCAAGAGAGUCCUGGGAACGACAACGCUAACAUUUGAGGAACUCAACACAGUCUUAGUUCAGAUUGAAGCCUGCCUAAACUCCAGGCCAAUCUGUCCGAUGUCAGACGACCCAGAAGAUCUUCAGGUUCUCACCCCAGGACACUUCUUAAUCGGCGAGCCUCUACAGAUAGUACCAGAGUCAUCCUACGUCGACGAGAAUCCCCUCAAGAUGAGGAGAUGGAACCUCGUGACUCGGAUAGUUCAACAGUUCUGGUCCAGGUGGUCCAAAGAGUGUCUCCAACGAUACCAGGCUAUCUACAAGUGGAAGACACGCCAGCAGAACAUCGAGGUUGGUAACAUGGUGCUGAUGGUCGACGAUAACCUUCCACCAGCCCAGUGGCCAAUCGCCAGAGUCAUCGCGACUAGACCAGGAGCAGAUGGGCUCACCAGAGUAGCCACAGUCAGAACGAGCAAAGCAGAAGUCGGCAGACAUCAAGAUGGGUCGCCUAAUCUCCAGAACAUCACAGCAGCCCACUCGGUGUUUGACAGACCAAUCACCAAGCUCUGUCUGCUUCCUACAGACCCACCUACACCAGAACAACCUCCAGAAGAAGAUCACCCAGAUGAUGAAGACGAUCAACAGCAAGGGGACAUCCAGGAACUGCAGGACUGA